AUGCCCAACGACGGCAGCGGCAAUGCUCUAGCUGGGAAAGAAGCAACGCCCGUCACUUCUUCCUCGUCAUUGACAGGUGCCGUUCAUGGCCAUGGGCAAACAGAAGGUAGCCCGGGACCUUCAAUCAAUGAUGACGGCGAUGAAGAAGAGGAACAUGAGGGUGACGGUGAGAAUGACGUCCAAGAGUCCGAUGGAGAAGACAUCGAGUUCCGGGUUAGAGAUGAACCAAACACGGCCUCUGCUGAUGCAGGCACGAGCGCAAACACAGAUGCAAUGAACAGGCCAGAGCAGCAGCAUUCUCCAGCAACAACAGACUUUCCAGGCCCAAUCAACUCCGCUUACAACAUCCGCAACAACCACGCCAGGCGCCUCAACACAGAAGAAGAAAUCAAACUCUUCGAGCUCUGCAACAAGAACGCAGCCACAUUCGGCGAGCGCAGCAAACUCUGCGAAUGGUGGAAAAACAUCGCAGACGAAUUCGUCCGCACCUACGGCGGUCCAUAUUCCUGGCACUCUGUUCGACGCAAAGUCGACCUUGUCACCAAGCAGCGCAUCAAGUAUCUAGCUGACCUGAAAAAUGGCAUAAUUGCACAGGAUCAAGCCACGGAGCCGUGGCGCAAGGUUCUCGACGAAUGGAUCCCGACAUGGGAGAAUUUUGAGAAUGCAGAGAAGAGGCGGAUCGAAGUGCGAGAUGCGAAAGCUGCUACUAGGAAGAGAAAAGAGCCUCCUACUGCUGCCAGUGGCAGCAAUACUCCUACCGCUGCUACCGCUGCUACUGCUGCCGCUGCUGUCGCUACUCCGCCGGGUGUUAUUCCCUGGCAAGCAACUCCUCAACGAUGGGCACCAUAUAUGCCCCCUGGUCCGUAUGGACCGUUGGGUCCUUCUGCCCUCCAUCCUCCACCACAUAUGGGCCCUCCGCCACAACAUUAUCCGCAACAGCCAGGAUUGAAGAUGCCAGAAGGAUACGAAACGAUGUUCAGGGGUCCUCAUCCCACACAUCCAAUGGCAGGAGGACCAGGAGGGUUUCCGAGCUAUCCGCCUCCUCAUAUGAUGCCGCCUCCUACCCCUUCUUCUCCUUCUCCUGCUGGCCUUAUCCCAGCCAGCCAACCUGAUCAAACACCCUCUCAUCAGCAGCAGCAGCAGCAGCAACUCUCAACUUCCGAAUCAUCCCUAACAUCAGCCGUCCUCGAAACACUAGUAAAACUAAACAAGCACCUGGAGAAAUCCUCAGGCACCUCCUCAUCCCCAAUCAUUGCCGCCUUGACCGGUGGCGCUACCACUAACAACAACCACAACAAAGACGACAACCGACCAUCCGGAGACAAUAAGGCGGCAAACGCAGAAGCAGAAACCCUCGAAGAAUCCCGGUCCGAAACAGCACCCUCGUCCCCUUCACCUGCCACCAAUACCAAACCUCAAACCCUCUACCCAUUCUCCUCGUCAUCAUCAUCAACAAUAACAAUAACAACCGCCCAACUCACCGCGCUCAAAAACGAACUACGACAAGAAUUCCGUCAAGAAUUCCAGCUUCAACUCGAAAAGGUGCGCGAGUCUUUCACGUCGAAACUGGACUCGUUGGAACAAGCGCAGGAGAUGAUUCUGGAUAUGCUGAGACAGGAACCGGGGAGGGAGGAGGUGCGGUCGUUGUCGUCUUGA